AUGCGAAGUAAAAAGCAGUUCUCCAGAAAUAAACAGGGUGAAGAGGAAACUUCCACUUACCAGUUGCACCCAGAACCAGCCAGGCAGAAAGAAGCAGAAGUAGAGGCUGAGGAAUACAACUGCAACAAUGGAAAGAGUACAAACCCCUAUGCUGACCUAGUGCAUGGCUUACGUGCUACCUGGAUGACAGGAAAGACACGUCCUAAGGAGUAUCGAGUCCACCAACUGGAGGGCCUGUGCCACUUUCUGGAAGAAAGGCAUGCAGAUAUCCAGCGUGCCAUGUGUGCAGACCUACACAAGGUAACACUGCUGGAUUGUGCAUUCGUUCGCAGGGAUCCAUACGGUGUGGUGCUGAUCAUUGGAGCCUAUAACUUCCCUAUCCAGCUUACUUUGUUGCCCCUUGUGGGAGCCAUUGCAGCUGGGAAUUGUGUGAUUCUCAAGCCUUCAGAGGUGAGCAGCUACACUGAAAAGCUCCUUGCAGAAGCAUUGCCUUGUUAUCUGGAUCCGCAAACCUUUGCUGUGGUGACAGCUGGUCCUGAAGAAACAGGAAAAUUACUGGAAAAUAAGUUUGAUUAUAUCUUCUACACAGGGAAUAACCGUGUAGGAAAGAUCGUCAUGACUGCUGCAGCAAAACAUCUGACACCAUUGACUCUGGAGCUGGGAGGUAAAUGUCCCUGUUACGUGGAUAAGUCCUGCAAUUUCCAGAAUGCAGCCAACCGAAUUGUAUGGGGAAAAUUCAUCAAUGCUGGACAGACGUGUAUUGCACCAGAUUAUGUGAUUUGUACAACUAAAACACAAGAGCAGUUGCUGCCUUGCCUGCACCAAGCUAUCUGUGAAUUUUUUGGCAAAGAUCCCAAGAAGUCACCUGAUCUUGCCCGCAUGGUCAAUGACAGGCAUUUCCAGCGCGUCCGAGCUUUGCUGGAAUGUGGCCGGGUGGUCAUUGGUGGAGAGACCGAUGAGUGUGAGCGUUAUAUUGCUCCCACAGUGUUGGUGGAUGUGAAAGAAUGGGACCCAGUCAUGCAAGAGGAGAUUUUUGGGCCCAUCCUGCCAAUAUUCAUUGUGAGAGAUAUGGAGGAAGCCAUAAACUACAUCAAUUAUGGAGAACGUCCACUAGCUGUGUAUGCCUUCUCCUCUGACUCCAAGGUUGUGAACCAGGUACUGGAUUGUACUAGCAGUGGUACCUUUUGUGGUAAUGAUACCCUGAUGCAAGCAAUAUCGGUUUCCCUACCAUUUGGUGGCAUUGGACUCAGUGGAUUUGGCAAAUACCAUGGCAAGUUUACUUUCGAUACAUUUACUCACCCACGGGGCUGUCUUUUGCGUUGCAUGGGCCUGGAGAUGAUGAACAAAAUGCGCUACCCACCAUACAACAAUACAAAAUUGAGAGCAAUGGUCGGUGCUUUGGAGGUCAGGCGCAGUAUCCUGUGAACUUAGCUGUGAGGCCUUGAAUCACAUCACCUGCAUUCUUAAGGAUCUUCAGUUAAGAAUUUUGGUGUAGUUGAGAGAUUUUUUCCUUUAUCAGUUGGCUCUAGAAUUUUGCCUCAACACCUUCAAAGACCCUUGAAAAACACUUUCUGUUUGGCAAAUCUUAUUUUCACCAUCUUUGCAUCUUAUAACUUUUCUUUAUCCUGUAUCAGCUUCUAUAAAUUCAAUAUUUAGUAGUGGUUAGAAAACUUAGGGACAUCCUCCAUUUCUUUUUGCACAGUUUUGGGUAUAGUACGUAUCUUCAUUUCCAGCAAGGGCUAAUUCUACAAUUAAUUAAUGUUUCUGUGUAAAAUUUAAUCUUGAUUUUAACACCUAAAGCCAAUUCUGCCUCAAAAUUUACAAGCAUCAGGUUCUUUGCUAAAAAUGGACAAGUACAGUUCCUCUUUAUAGUGGAGCAAUCAUUCUGAUUAAUAUUUUUGUACAAUAAGGGUAGCAACAUGGAUGGUCUUUGUAAAAUAAUCAAACUAUUUGUUUGUGAAUAUUUAAAUAUUGGAGCCAUUACAAAAAAAUUAAUUCUCAAAGAAAUUCAAAGCUAAGCUAAUGCAGGUUGUUAUACAUAAAUAUAUUCUGUCAACAAUGCAUUUUCUAUAUUUGGAUGCUCUAAAACUCAGACAUGCCCUCCUUAAUUAUAUUUCCUUCAAUAUAUUUCUCUACAGUUACAGUUCAGAUUCAUUAUUCUAUCAGUGAUUUCUACACUACUCAGCACAAAGCAUAAUAAUUUAGAAAUAUAUUAUGUCCUAUCAAGCUCAGAGAUUUAUUUUUAUGUAAAUCUGCUAAUUGCAAACUUACUGAGAUUUCCUGCAACCUUGCAUGUUCAGGUAAAUGUUUUGCUUCUGUAAUAAAUAUC